AUGCAGGCUCAGAUCGCACGCACGCUCGCAGGAGCAGCCGCGCCCCGCGCCGCCGCCGCCGUCACCGCCCGCUCGUUCGCUACCACCUCCGCCGCCCGCCUCGCGACACCCACGACCGGACCCGAGCAGGCAGGCAGGGCGCCGCCGCACUCCAUGCCCGUCGAGAAGGCUCGCUACCAGACCGCCAUCCAGACGCCCGACUACUCAAAGGGCCCCUCGGCGCUCGACAAGGCCGCCAGUCUCUUCUUCUUCUCCGAGAUCGCUCGCGGUAUGGCCGUUGUUUUGGAGCAGUUCUUCCGCCCUCCCUACACGAUCAUGUACCCCUUCGAGAAAGGCCCGGUCUCGUCCCGCUUCCGUGGCGAACACGCCCUCCGCCGCUACGCCUCAGGCGAGGAGCGAUGCAUCGCCUGCAAGCUCUGCGAAGCCAUCUGCCCCGCUCAGGCUAUCACGAUCGAGUCGGAGGCUCGCGAGGACGGCGCGAGGCGGACGACUCGGUACGACAUCGACAUGACCAAGUGCAUUUACUGCGGCUUCUGCCAGGAGGCUUGCCCGGUCGACGCCAUCGUCGAGUCGCACAACACGGAGUACACGACCGAGACCCGCGAGGAGCUCCUCUACAACAAGGAGAAGCUGCUCGCGAAUGGAGACCGCAUGGAGGCUGAGCUCGCUGCUGCGAUCCAGUCGGAGCACCCCUACCGGUAA